UUAACACCGGAGCGCGGUGGUGUAAGAGGGACUCGUGGAGCGUCGGUGCGAGUGGUGAGUGGCAAAGAGAGCCAAAGAAGACACUGUCAAACAUUACAAAGUUCCGAGAUCCCGGUCCCCUUCUUCUUCUUCUUCUGAGACACAAGAAAUAGAAACAGACUUUCCCCACAACCGAUUUUCAGGUCUGUUGCAUUGUUUCCUCCGCAUUGUCUCCGGGAUGAGUGAGACGUCGUCAGCGAAGGUGCUGUACAUUGUGGUGGUCGAUGGCGAGGAGAAGCGACAGAAAGGGAAGGAGUCUUUCCGUUACACGCGUCCGGUCUUGCAGAGCUGUCUGCAACUUAUGGGAUGCAAACCUCGUCACGCCUUUAAGAUAAGUAAACGAGUUUUUGAAUUGAUAAGAAAUGUAAUUUCAUGUGAGGCCUUGCUUCCGGAAGGGACAGAGAAUGUUUCACCCAGUAAAGCUGAGGCUUUCAGGCAUAUAGUUUCGGGGAAAGAUCAUAGAAGUAACAAUGUACCAUUUGAAAUGUACAAAACGCGUACGACUGUCGUAGUUAGGCGAGAAACUUUCUUGGAUGUUGUUUGUGAUGCUCUUGCCAAGUACAAGUAUGUUGGUCCAAAUCAGAGGGCAGACUUAGUUUUGGCAUGCAGAAUCCGAGAAAGGAAGGAGUCUGUAACUGUACUAUUAUGUGGCACUAGUGGCUGUGGAAAGUCCACCCUAUCUUCAUUGCUGGGUAGUAGGUUGGGAAUCACCACUGUGAUAUCUACCGACUCAAUUCGGCACAUGAUGAGGAGUUUUGCAGAUGAGAAGCAAAAUCCAUUGUUAUGGGCUUCAACCUAUCAUGCAGGGGAAUGUUUGGAUCCAGUGGCAGUUGCAGAAGCAAAAGCUAAAAAGAAAGCCAAAAAGUCAGCUGGAAGUUCACAGGAUGGCUCUACCUUUGGGAGAUCUGAUACCCGGAUGUCAGAUUCGGGUUCCAGCACUGCUGAAUUGCUCAGUUCAAAGCAGAUGGCAAUUGAAGGAUUCAAGGCACAAAGUGAGAUGGUAAUUGACAGUCUUGACCGUCUUAUCACUGCAUGGGAGGAAAGAAAAGAAUCAGUUAUUGUGGAAGGUGUUCACUUGAGCCUUAAUUUUGUGAUGGGGCUCAUGAAGAGACACCCUUCCAUCAUACCAUUCAUGAUAUAUAUCACAAAUGAGGAUAAGCACUUGGAGAGAUUUGCAGUGCGUGCAAAAUAUAUGACACUGGACCCAGAAAAGAACAAAUAUGUGAAGUACAUCCGUAACAUCAGAACAAUCCAAGAAUAUCUCUGCCAGAGGGCUGAUAAGCAUCUCGUACCCAAAAUUAACAACACUAAUGUUGACAAGAGUGUGGCAGCAAUCCAUGCAACAGUCUUUAGCUGCCUCCGUAGGCGUGAAGCGGGGGAACAACUUUAUGAUAUCACAAGAAACACGGUAACCGUAGUGGAUGAGGAGUAUAGGAACCAGCGUGCAGCCAACUCUUUGAGUUCAAAGGGGAUGUUUCAACUUAUCCAGAGGAAAGGUUCAUCCAGGCAACUGAUGGCUCUUGUAAAUACUGAUGGAUCUGUAGCAAAGGCUUGGCCUGUUGAUUCAGUCGAUCGUAAUGGGAAUCCAAUAUUCUGCCAUGGGACUGAGAUGGAGAUUGGCAGUGCAGAACAAGUGAAUCUUCAGUUUGGUCUGUAUGGUUUAAGCGCUUGGCCCAAAGAUGGUGGCCCAAGCUGUGCUGGAAGUGCUGAUGGGUCAAGGGCUGAUGAUAUUGAGACUGUAAGCAGGCAUCUCUCUUCUUGCUGCAGCUCGCCACGAUCCGAUGCACCUGCCAAGGAGCUGAAGGAAGACAACUCGGUGCAUGGCAGUGAUGAAGAGGUUGAUGAGUCAGCUGAUCCGGGCAGUGAUGAGGAAUUAAGUGAUGAUGGCGACAAACAGGUUGACGAAGAGAUUGGGUCGGUGGAUGAGGAGUCUACAAAAUCAGAUGAAGAGUAUGAAGACCUAGCUAUGCAGGACGUUCAGGGGAAUGGAAAUUGGUCCGAUGAUGAUGCUACGGAGCGUAAUUUUAAUAUAUUCCCUGUUGCUGAGGACCCAUCGGCCAAUAAGGAUGUGGAUAAAUAUCGCCAGAAUCUGGAUCUCUUUCUUAGAACUAGAAGCGAGUCAUUUUCUGAACCACUAUGUUCUUAUGCUUCCCUCUUUAUGGAGAAGAAUGACAUGAAAAUGUCGUGCACUGACAAUGUGAAAAUUAGAAAACGCAGGUCCCUUAGCAUUCCAGCACUGGGAAGGCAUGGUUCAGAAGUAAGGGGUGUCAUACUUUCUGGUGCCCCUCAGUGCUGACACAACGUUUUGAUGCAACUUAGUUCCCUCGGUCUAUAUCCCCCUUUCUUUAUUUGUAUGUCCCCUUUUUGAGUAUCUUAGGUUUAAGUACAGUUGUGCUAUGGGACUUGCAAUGAAAUGGUUUAGUAAUGCAUUUCCUUGGUUGUCAUA